AUGCCUCCCAAGGCUGCUGAAAAGAAGCCCUCCACCGGCGGAAAGGCACCUGCUGGCGGAAAAGCACCUGCCGAGAAGAAGGAGGCUGGCAAGAAGACCGCGGCGCCUACAGGUGACAAGAAGAAGCGCAACAAGACAAGAAAGGAGACCUACUCUUCCUACAUCUACAAAGUAUUGAAGCAAGUCCACCCAGAUACCGGUAUCUCAAACCGUGCCAUGUCUAUCCUCAACUCCUUCGUCAACGAUAUCUUCGAGCGCGUCGCUACCGAAGCAUCCAAGCUAGCUGCAUACAACAAGAAGUCCACCAUUUCCUCCCGUGAGAUUCAGACAUCCGUCCGACUCAUCCUCCCUGGUGAACUCGCCAAGCACGCCGUGUCGGAAGGCACAAAGGCCGUCACUAAGUACUCGUCUUCCACCAAAUAG